GGAAAUGCACAGUAGAGUUUGUGGAUUGCUUUUCCUUAGCCAUAGAAGCAGAGGCGUGGCUUGGCUAGUUGAUAGCUGCCAUGGCCCUGCUGUGCAUAGUAAGGCUAGAGCAUUAGGAUUGAGGUUGGUGCCUUUCCACUCUGUCCCAGUAACAACCGUUCCUUCGCCAGGCUGCCUUCUUAUGUUCUCAAGUUCCUGGUGACCGUGGCAGACGUUUUCGAGCAACGGGUAGCAAGGGUCGUCUAAGGAUUUGUUUUGCUGGAUAGAAUUGCUCUAGAACUGCAAAAAAACUAUUAGCAUCAAGGAAGUUCUCGAGGUUAACCCUUGCAGUCACUGAUGGCAGCCACGUGACUGACGUCAAGAGAGCAAAGUUGUACUUUGGUCACUAUGGCUUCAGUGUAGGGCCCCAGUGUAAUUAUAGGCAUGAGUCAGGGUGCAUAGUGCACCUGUUUCAACUUCCAGUUAUUUGUGUCCCUGAACAAGGAAUUGGACUAGGGAUGGACACAUGGAGGGUGGUCAGAAAAGAGACAGUUUAUUUAAAAAGCAUUUCCACAGGUGGAAGUGGGCCCGGGCUAGAGAAGGGCUAGGAGUUCAAGGACUCCUGUUCAGAGCAGACUGGCACAUUUGUACCUCACGUGGUUUUCUUUUUGUGCAACUCUGUUGGAAGACAGCCUGGCAGGAAGGGACUUCUAGUCUUUCAUAACUGGCUUCAUAUGUCAGUCUUCACUAAUUCCCUCUUUGUCUACCCUUUGUCCCCUACAGCCUUCCGCCUUCCUCUCCCUCAACCCUGUCCGCUCCUUCUCUCUCCCCAAUACUCUCUGGUCACACCAGCAUGUAGGUAGAUAUGCGGUUUGCUUCUGACGGGAUGGAAUAGUGAUAAUGAUCUCCAAGCACUGGUAUACAUUGUAGAUACCUCCGCCCCCGGCUUCUUUUAUUUCAUUGUUUUCCUUAGGACAAAAGAAAAUGAAAAAAAAAAUGGUUCUAAGACUUUAUCCUCAAGUAAUAAGGAACUCAGGAAGAGAGAUCCAGUGUGUGCUUGUGGUGGUGACACCUGUUAAUGCAAGGGUUGGCUUCUCAGUUUCCUUAACCACAGAGAAACUGGCUGUGUCCCUCACUAGGUAGCUUUAUAUUCAUUACAAGCACAACGGUCCCUCCUCCUGGACCUUGAUCCACCAAACCACAGCUGUUACCUAACCCACAUUUAUGCUCUCUGCCACUGGGGACCUGCAAGAAUGUCCUUCUAUUUUUGAAAAAAAAGAAAAAAAAGAAAAAAACUUGAGUUGCCACGUGCGGUUUAUCCAACUUUUCACAAUGUUUGGAAAAUCUUUUGUAAUCCUACUUUUGUUGGUGACCUCAGGAGAAGCAAAGAAGUCAUUUCUCAGUUUCCUGAAUACACAAAAUUCAGAAAUACUGUCAUUUGCAAAGACAAAGGAAACUGUCAUCGUAAGGUCCAGUUACAAGGACAGACGGCCGAACUCCAGCUACCUUUCGGUGAAAGUAGAAGAUGCAAAGGUGCUGCAGGUGGUGGACGUGACCAAGACCUCGCGGGACACCACAGACUUUACCAUCAGCCUAAUGGCUUUCCCAGGAGAGACGAACAUGACCAUUCAACUCUGGGAUUCUGAAGGUAGGCACAAAAGACUCAUUGAAGAGAUAACAGAUGUUAAAGUCAGAGUGCUCGGACAGACAGAAGACAGCCUCUUCCAGGCACCAGUGCAUGUCAAUCAAUAUAUCUUGCUGCUUGUUUUAUCGAUGAUCCUUUUAAAUAAAUGUGCCUUUGGCUGCAAGAUUGAGUUCCAGGUACUUCAAACCGUAUGGAAACGACCUCUGCCAAUAGUUCUUGGGGCAGUGACACAGUUUUUUCUUAUGCCAUUCUGUGGCUUCCUUUUGUCUCAGAUUUUGGGAUUGCACGAAGCACAAGCUUUUGGAUUUGUGAUGACCUGCACAUGCCCAGGAGGAGGUGGGGGCUAUCUGUUUGCCCUCCUUCUGGAAGGAGAUGUCACUUUGGCCAUUUUGAUGACUUGCACGUCGACAUCCCUGGCCCUGAUAAUGAUGCCUGUCAAUUCUUACUUAUAUAGUAGGCUAUUAGGGUUAGCAGGUAUCUUUCAUGUUCCUAUUUUAAAGAUUGUGUCUACACUCCUGUUCAUUCUGACACCAGUAUCAAUUGGUGUGGUCAUCAAGCACAGAACACCUGAUAAAGCAGUCUGUUUAGAGAGAGUAGUUCAGCCUCUGAGUCUGACUUUGAUGUUUGUAGGGAUCUAUUUGGCUUUCAGGAUGGGACUGGUGUUUCUGAGAAUGGCUACCGUAAACGUGCUUCUUUUGGGGCUUUUGGUUCCUGCACUGGGCUUUAUGUUUGGCUAUUUCUUUGCUAAAGUCUAUAUGCUGCCUCUUCCUGUUUGCAAAACGAUUGCUAUUGAAAGUGGGAUGCUGAAUAGUUUCUUAGCCCUGGCCAUUAUUCAGCUCUCCUUCCCGCAGCUCAAGGCACAUGAAGCCUCUGUGGCUCCUUUUACAGUAGCCAUGUGUUCUGGAUGUGAAAUGUUGCUGCUCUUUCUGAUCUACAAGGCUAGGAAACUAGGAACCCUUAGCACAGAAGCUGAAAAAGCUCCCCUAGUCUAAAAUUCGCAGCACUGCUAACCCUUGCCCUGGCCAAGAAUCAAACUGUGCAUAAAUAAUGCCUGCUCUAAAGUCGCCUUUCAUCUGCUCAGAGGCUUGACGAGGAGGUGAGAGUAUUUCCUCUAAUACUUGUAUGUUUUGUAUAUUUGUGUGUGUAAUAUGCUACACAUGUAUAUGUAUAUAAAUGUUAUAUAUUGUAUAUGUUAUAUAGGAUACACACACACACACACAUGCUACCCAUAAUAAGCACCCAGUGACUGCUACAGUACAUAUUGAGAAGGGGGAUUAAGAUGCCCUUGCAGAUUGUUAGUUUGGUAAUGAUUUUACAGUCUCUUAAUGAGGAACAGCAAUGGAAAUAACCAGUGAAUCUUGAAUCUUGUGUAUCCUAAGUUUUUAAGGAAAGACUGUCCUUACAAUGGGUAGCAAAUGCUUACCCAGGAAAUGAACAUGCAGAUUUCUAUCUGGCACUCCCCUGGCAGCCCCACUAGCUCAUUUGGAAGCAGCCUGUCUUGAAUAAACACAGCAAGGCUGUUUCCACAGCUGCAUGUGUUUCUGACUUCUGUACUCCACCCCAAAGGCACGGGCACUUAUCUGGAGAGCUUGUCUCCUCCUCAUCCGUCUUUUUAAACAGUCAACCUCGCUACUGUGAAAUGUUUCAUUGAUACCUGCAGCAGCCUCCUCCCAUUCCCAGUGCUGCUUUCCAAACCUUCCAAAUGAACUUUGACUUCUCACUGCUAACUCUAGUCAGCCAUAUUAAUCUUAAUGUUUAAUUUGGAUUACAUAAUUUCACUGCAAAGAAACCUGUUUGCUACAUACAUAAAGCCCCCUACUCCUGGGUUAGGCAUUUAUAACCCUCUGCUGUGAAUUUAAUACAGCGUUCUAGUUUGUUCGCUACAACUUCUUUACAUAGAAGUCUUUGCCAUUUUGUGGGUUUCUUUUGAUUCAGAUUGUGGCUCUGCCUAAGGCGCACACUUUUCUAUUAUACCGUUCUUU